UUGCAUGUGUGCUUUGUGACAGGAAUCUAGCUCCUGAGUUGGAAGAACUGCUUUCAAAUGAAGAAAGUCCGACAAAUGUACUUAGACAAAAUAGCUUCAUAGGGUGUUAACAGUAAUGAGUAGCAGGUAUCCUUUGGUCUAAUGAAAGAUUAAUUAUCACAGCCUGAUUGAAUGUCUGCACAGUAAGUGAAGCUGCAGCAGCUGCUGGUUUGUAAGUGAACCUUGUUGGCAUUGGAAUGUUGGAGAGCAGACGGACAUCAUUCUAACAAGGCAACAUUAGUGUGUUUACUUAAACAUUGCAGUCGUUUAAUUUUUUUUUUGGUGAAUAGAUGGAAGCCCAACCAGCUACUACUAAGGAACAUGGUUUGGAUGCAGACUUAGAUGUAAUAGCAAGCAAAAUCUCUGAAUUAGAAAAAUGGAAAGAUAUCUUCUCUGCAGGAAGGCUGGAACUCGUUGAUACAGAUAAUCAGCAGAAAUAUCCUGAUAAAAAAUCUGAAGAUGGCAAUGAAGAUGGAACUGGGGCACCUCAAACAGGAUCUAAUAAAAAUCCAGGGCAUUUUCCAUCCACUUACAGCCCUUAUUCGCUUCCUAAGCCAUUAAGCAUUUCGUCAGAUCUGGGAGGGCUACCGAUUACUCUGGAGAUGGCCAUGGAACUACGCAAAAUCUUGUUUGGAAGCGCUUUCCAUACUUUCAACUAUGAAUGGAAGAAAUCAUACUUCAGCUUUCAUGAACCUUAUUCAGAAUUAUCUUAUGCACUGCAAGCAGAGCGGGGAGGAGCAAGAGCAAUACAGAUGGUGGUUCAAGCACAUGUCAUCAAGCAGAUACUAUUUGGCACAAGUAAAGAAGAGAACAGCAGUUUGCAAAGCUUACAAGCAGUAAGUCAAAAAGAACAAGAAAAAGCACUUGCGGCAGCUCUUGCAGAUAUUCUUUGGGCUGCUCGUGAUGGAGAGGAAGUGACUGUUUGUUUGGUUACCACAGACAUCUGUUUCACACCAAGCAGGGACUACAAAGUUGAUAAUUUUACUGAGAAGCUCCUGCUCUUCAACUUUUGUGACAAAGAUGCCAUUCAGACAUUUAUCGUAGAUCACAUACAUUUUUUCAAGACUGAAGGAAGUCAUGGAGUGAUUCUCUUCCUGUACAGUGCGCUUUUCUCUAGAACAUUCAAAAGGCUCCAAGAAGAUUUUGGUUGUACAGUACCUCAUUUGUUAAAACUAAAUCUUGGAAAUUUUACUUGCAGACAGGCUGUACUAAACCUCAUGCUUACUGGACGGGCUAGCCCGUACGUCUUUAAUGGUGACUUGCAGUAUGAUGAGCAAGGUGGUCAGCUCAUGGUACCAAUGCAUGGAAUCUUGAAUCGAAGUGAUGUUGGCUACCUGUACUGGAAUCGGGAGGAAAUGGAACAAGGCAGGCUCUCACAGGUUGGAAGCAUGUUGAAAACUCCCAGAUUACCCAUUUGGUUAUGCAACAUCAAUGGAACCUUUAGUGUUCUUUACAGUACCAACAGAUCACUCUUAUCUGACUGGAAAAUGGAACACUUGUUCGAUCUUCAUUUUUAUAAUGGGCAGCAAUCACAGAAUAAGACAGUAACACUUACAAUAGAUACACAGUCUCAUCACUGGGAAGAAAGACAACAAGAAGAUGAAGGAGACAUAGAGAAAAGGUUUCCGUCACUGGAGAUGACUAUAAGGACUAAAUGGGAUGGGGCAGUUAUCGACUGGCAUGGAACAGUUCCAUUCUUCUGAAGCAGAUAACAAGUGGAAGCACAAUAAGACAAUGCUGUGAAAAUGAUUUUCACUAUCAUACUAUUCACAAAAUGAAAUGCGUUCAUAAAUCCCAUUUAUGCAUUUUAGUGUAUGCAAAGAUACUAUGAUAUUAAGUAUUUAUAUUAAUCCUGGCAAAAAUAAGAUUUAAAUGAGUGAACUAUAUUAUUCUGUAUAGCACAAAUCCAGGAGUCGUAUAUUUACUAUGACUUUGUUAUCCGAGUAUUUCAGUGAUACAUAUGAGAUGCUCACCUUUAAGGUUUGGCCAAUAAAAAUGUUACAUGAAUGCCUUUCAAUAUUAAUUUGUGCAUAUCUAAUAGCCCUGGCAAGAGAGGUGAAUCUAGAUAAUUUUUGCCAUAUAUAAUUUUUUUCUUCUAACUCACUUGUCUGAUUACCUUUCUUUGUUACAAAUAAUUUUAGCUAUAAGCAGAAAUAUGUAUUACUCUUCAUAUCUCACUUGCUUUUGUCAAUCUCCAUUUUGUCAGAAACAUCAGUUAUGUUAAUUUUUCAUGCUACUUGCCUUUGAGCCCUGAACGUAUAUUUGGGAACACAUUCACAAAGACAUUUGGUGGGGCACAAGCCUCUUGCUUCAUGUUUGCACCCAGAUAAUGACACCAUUAUGAUCUCUGAUUCAGGAAUCCCCAGCAGUGCCCACCUCUGUGCCAGUGCAGUGAUGGUAUAUAGCCGAUCUUAAGCAGAUGUGGCAAGUGGAGGUGAUCAGUUCUUGAACACCCACACUGUUACAGGAAAAUGUAUCAAAUGGUGGAGUUAAGAGAGUGACACAAUGGCAGAGUGAGCAGCAUUGUUGGUUCAAAGCCAGAGGUUCUCCAGAUGGAUUCUUGAAUGAGGUGUCUUCUGUGUGGAGUCUACAUGUCCCCUCUGUGUUUGUGCAGGUUUUCCUUGUGGGCUGCAUCUUCCUCCAUCAUGCAUUAUAUAGACUGGUAACUAGAUUGUCUGCAGGUGUGUGUGUGUGUGUGUGUGUGUGUGUGUGUGUGUGUGUGUGUGUGUGUGUGUGUGUGUGUGUGUGUGUGUGUAAGAGAGAGACAGAUGGAAAAAGUUCUCUACUUGCACAGUAAACUGAGUGGAUUGUGGCAGGGAUUUGUAGGGUCACUAUAAGCAUCAGAUAUGAAUCAGGAAUAAUGGAUAGAUGAUGAAACAAUGUACCAACAUUCAGUCCAUCCAGUGGUCAUUUGCCAGCAGCACUGCCUCCACAUGCUGGUAGUACUCAAAGCCCUUUUACCCACUGCAUCUCUGUUGGUGAUGUACUUUGAUAUCCUCCUUUGUAUAGCAACAGUUUUCAUCUAAUAGUGUGUCAGACAUUCUUGGUUGACUAAUAUGUAUACAUAUCAGACAAAGACAGGCAAACACAACUAAAGCUACUAAUCUCCAUGUAGCAGACAUAUUCCUCUUUUAAAUUGAAGUCUGCUUUCUUUGUAAGGACCUUUAUUGAUGCUGUACAGUACUAAUACACCAGGCUAAAUGUACAGUUGUAUAGCCCAUUACCUAAAUAAAAAUGUUAUGCAGUGUGUAUGUGUUAUUGUAAUAGAAUAUACCCAUUACCAAAAAUGUCAGAUAUCAAUGGUCAAUUUCUUACAUAAAACAGAAUGAUUAUCUUUCUUGAUCAGAUAAUCUUUGGCUGUUGUUUGAACAAUACUCUCUGGAAACUCCAUAUACUGCUACGGUAUUCACAGUCUGUGCAGUUCUGUGAUGUGUUCAUCACUUAUACAUAGAAAGGAUGCAUGAGACUAGAGCUAAGGUUCACAUCUACAGUGCCAUCGAUAUGUAAAUUAAAUUCAUUGGUUAAAUGUCCUGUAUAUUAUUUGGUUUGAUUAUGAAGCUUGCAGGCUGCUGAUUACCUAAAAGUUUGUCUGACACUACACAUGUAUCUGGUAUCACGCAUAAAACCAGCAAGUUGUUUCGUAAAGGUAGAACAGACAUAGGCAUGCAAACUGGGAAAUCAUUGAGGAGCAUAGCCCAACUGCUGAGUUUCCCCAAAGCACAGUUUAGUUAAAUUGUUGCAGAAGGCAUAGGAAGGCUGAGAGAAUCAAGAAUCAAGGAAGUAGCUUGUUAACAGCUUGUAACUGUAAUCCUACUAAGCAUAGCCACUAUUUAACCGAAAGUGAUAGUGUGUUCCAUAAUUAGACAAAUUAGCAAAUGCUGCCUAUUCGACUUGGGGACAGAAGUUUAAGAUCUAUUUUAUCACAAAUGUGUCACUUUGCUUUUAGGCACCAAGACUGUUCAACUUUGUGAUCACAGAACAACUCCUUUAUAUCUGGUGUCACAAUUAAAGCAUAUGAAGAUGCAUUCUAUAGCCACCUGCACCUUUUUAGUGAGAUCAGAAAAAUUCAAUGACUGGGUCUUAAUAAAAUGGAAUGGAUUAGUUUCUAUGUGAGGAAAAAGUAUGGGCAAUGAACACUAGUGAAUUAUUCCCUCCCCUUCGUUUGAAAGAAUGUUUUAAGUUUCUAUUAGGUAAUGAGCUAAAGAUACAUUAAUACCCAAUUGGACAACAAAUGUCCUCCAACAGGAUUUUAUUGUGCAAAUAUUGUCCAGUAAAAAACAAGUCUGCCACUUCACAGCAGCAUAUUAAACUGCUUUGAAGCUCAGAUAAAAAAAAAAAAAAAACAGCUGCCAUUUUUAUGCUCAAUAAAUGUGGCUUUGCUGUUUUGUGAGUGCAAAAAAACUAAAACAAACAAGAAAGGUAAUGAGCGUGUAGGAGCAUGGGUGUGUGUGUGUGUGUGUGUGUGUGUGUGUGUGUGCGCGUGCGUGUGCGUGUGUGUGUGUGUGUGUGUGUGUGGUCAUUAAAUACUUACAUAAGUUAUGGUUUGGAUGCAAAAUAGUUCCUCCAACGUCAAUUACAUAUGCUACAAGUUCCAAACUUUAGGCAAGAGAAAUAACAGAUAGCCCAUUAUCAAAGCACCAUAAUACCCUGCAGGAUGGCCUCAUAACACCCCUGGGAGGUCUGAUAUUUCCCCAUUAAUACCCACCCUGUUGGGCAUUAUUGCUUGCUUGUUAUUCUCUGUAUGUUAUUUUAAACACAUUGAGCUUUUUUAUGUCUGUCCAAAGGGUGAUAAAACAUCCUCAUUUUUGGUAACUUUUAAUUAAUCAGAUCAUAAUGAUUAACAUGUAACUUUCUGAAAUUAUGUUUUCAUAAUAUUGUUUCAUAGUUAUUUGAGAUCAGGCAGGAGAGAUAUUUUUCAGUUUUGCUUGGAUUCCAUUAUCUUUAUUUGUAUUUGUAAAAUAUUACCAUAUUGAAUAAAAUAUGUUUUUUUUCCUU